AUGGUAGGGUCCGGACUUCAGUGCGAGCGAGCCAUCUUUGCCCCUCGCAGCUCAACCAUCUAUUUUCGGCUUUUUGAGAGAAUACGGACGGUGGGAGAGAACUCGUUUGCUUUAUGGCGUUUCGCAUACCGGGUGGCUCAAUCUUAUCGAUUUCAGCAGUGUCCAUCGCGCCCUUCGGCUGGCUAUUAUGGGCUAACCAAUGCACCCUUAGAGGUCAAUUACAUCGAGCCAGACCUAUGGAUUGCCCCUCCUGCCUCGGGAGCAUGCACAGGAAUCCCGGACAUUGAGGGGGAGGGGGUCGAGCCACCGAUUGUUCUCUUCAAGAUAAGGAACAGGCCAAUGAAGAGCAACAGCUUUAGCAGAAGGGUAGAAUAUUCAACGGGGAAAAGACAGCUUUUGAGACCUAAGAAAGGAAAACGAAUAGAGUUCGAGAAGAAGACGUCGAACGAAGAAUAA